AUGGCGAGCAAAUUCUGGGGAGGAAGCGAUGGCAGUAGCGAAGAGAGCACGGAUUACUCUUCCGACGAUUCGACGUCGACGUCGUCGUCGUCGUCGUCGUACAGCUCCAGUUCUGAUUCAGAUCAUGGCCCAUCUAAAUACUUGCAAGAUGACAGUUCAGAUAGCUCAGAGGAUGAAAGGCGUAUCAUACGCAGUACAAAGGAAAAACAAUAUGAGACGCUGAAGCAGUGCACGCUGGGGAUCCGGCGUGCAACAACGGCAAGGGAUUGGCCAUCUCUCCUCGGUCUCCUGGACGGGUUCCACAAGCAGUUUUUGAAGAGCACGCAGUCUUCUACGCGGACAGGUAGCAGUUUGAAACUCUUCGCUCGAACGUUAGUAUCUUUGGCUGCUGAGCUGGAUAUAUGUUCACAAGAACCGGAGUUCAAGAAGCAAAUGUCUACUUCGCAGGCAAAGGCGUUCAAUUCACUGAAUCAAAGAGUUAAGAAGCACAUUCGUGCGAUCGAACCUGCCGACGUUGCUGCCGCGGAGCUUUUCCUGAAGACAGGCGAAGCCUCAGACAGUGACACCACAUCAGAAACAAUCGACGACACAAAAGAGAAAAUUCCAUUAGAUCCAGCUGAGAAAUCUAUGCAAGAUAUCAUGAAUAUUCCCAAAGAGGACGUCACGUUUGAAAUGAUCGAUUCGAAGCUCAAAGAUAUCGCCAUGUCUCGAGGAAAGAAAGGCGUCGACAGGACACGUGUAGUCGAGCAGUUGAGGUAUAUUUCAACCCUAUCAAAGUGCCCUGCGCAAGAGGUUGAGGUACUUUUGCAUAUUAUCAGUGCACAAUUCGACCUGACUGGUAGCAUGUCGACAUUUAUGCCGGUCCCUGUGUGGCGCAGUUGUUUAAGCAAUGUACUCAGCAUUUUACAGUUAUUGAAAUCGAAUAGCCACAUCUCACUAGUGGAUGAAGAAGAGAUAGCUAUACGCCCAUCAAAUGACGAGAUCAUUGCAGGAGCAAACAUUCAACUUCGUGGAUCUCUUUGUGCUUUCACUGAGCGCUUGGACGACGAAUACACCAAGUCGCUACAAUGCAUUGAUGCACAUACAAAGGAUUACGUCAAUAGACUGCAAGACGAGGGGAUGUUACUCAUUCUUCUUUCGCAAAUUACUGAAUUCUAUAGAAACAAGAACACGAAGCACGUCGCGAGUUUGUCUCUGCGGCUUUUGGAGAAGUUGUACUGUAAACGCUGUCAUUCACACGAAGCACUCAGGAAAUACACCACUUCGAAAAUUCAUUGUUCGGCGAACAAUGACACCGUCGAACCUAGUCAUCAAAACUCCGAAGUUGAAAUGUUUGCCACUUCUUUUGAAUUCCCUGCUGAAGGACUCUUCACAACGAUUGAGAUGUUGGCUACUUACAUUUACAAGCAUGGUGAUGAGCGGGCCAAAGCCCGUGCGCUCCUUUGUCAAAUUUUCAGUGAGGCACUUCGUGGAGAUUUCAAAACAGCGAAAGACUUGCUUCUUAUGUCACAUUUGCAAGAAGUUAUUCAAUACAUGGACAUUAGCACGCAAAUCCUUUUCAAUAGAACAGUUGCACAACUAGGAAUAUGUGCCUUUGAGCGUGGCAAUUUCGUCGAAGCAUUCACUUACUUGUCCGAAUUGUGCGCAAGCGGGCGAGCAAAGGAGCUACUUGCACAAGGCUCAACACAAGCUCGGUUUGAGCGUUCUGCGGAACAAGAAAAGCUUGAAAGACGGCGUCAGAUACCUCAUCAUCUGCACAUCAAUAUUGAUCUCAUCGAAAGUAUAUUUCUCACAUGUUCAAUGCUGUUAGAGGUUUCAGACUUGUUCUGCACGAGAAAGACGAGACCUUUUCCACGUAAUUUCAUGCGAGUCAUCGAGAAUCAUCGUAGGCAACUUUUUACAGGUCCACCAGAUGGAGCACGUGAUACUAUUAUGGUAGCAACCCAAAUGUUACUCACUGGAAACUAUCACGUGGCAUCGCAGCUUGUUCUCAAUUUAUCAGUAUGGAAUUCUUUGCCCGAAUCAAAGGAAAGGAUAGUUCGCCUCAUAGAUGAACAGCUCAAAAUAGAAGCUAUCCGACUUUAUUUGCAUCAGUUUGCGGAACAGUACACGUCUGCAAGCGUCAGUAUUCUUGCCGAAAUGGUCUCAAUGAGUGAAGAGAAAGUGCGUUCCAUUGUGAACUCGAUGAUAGCUAAUGAAGAGGUUCCAGCAGUCUUCUAUGAUGUUGCACAAAGUGUAUCUUUAAGUCAAGUGGCUCACUCACGACUGCAAGUCGCUGCAAACACUUUUUCUGAGAAAGUCCUCGUCUUGCUGGACGCAAGUGAACGGGCAUUGGAUCGCCAUAUCGGUUCGAAGAAUAUCAGUUACCAGGAGGAUGAUGAACCAAUUGCUCGAUCUCGACGGCAGGUGAAGAACUCAGCUGACGCUGACGAGUAUCAGUCGCGACGGUCCAGAAGUGAACGCAGCCGUUUUUUCACCUUUGAAGUGCCUGACCGCGGUUUGAAGGGAAAGCAGCGUGAUUCAUACGGUAAUUUUUCGCGCAAGAAGACGUCACGUGAGUUUGCCACGAGAGGUGGAGGGAAAUUUACGUGA